GGGUCAGCGGUUACCAGGGAGACACAGUUUGCACUGCAGGAAGGAGGCUGUGAUGGGGUCAGAGGUCAUGGCGGUAUCUGAAUCAGCGUUCCAAAGGGGUCAGAGGUCACAGGUGGAAGGCCACAACAUGGAGGUUACACCCUGGUCAGGGGUUUCCGUGGGAGCUGAGAUUAUGAAGGGGACAGAAGUCGUGAACUAGAUGGGGGUCACCGGGGGGCCAGAGAUCCAGUGGGGGUCGGCUGUUGAGGCAGAACUGUCGUUAGCAGUGGUGUCGGAAGUCAUGCCGGGGUCAGAGGUUGUGGUGGGGAUAAGGACCCAGAAUUGGGACUGUUAGACUUGACCUCACUCUGGGAUCUCUGGCAACUUGCCCUCCAGCACAUUGAGCCAGAACCCACCACGCACGAGACCCACGGGGAGUCGCCUCAGAGCGCUGCACUGGAUUCAUGAUGGACGCCUGGUUGCUGAGCCUCACGCCCCAGUAAGGCACUUAGGGUAGGGUGCCAGGGCUGGAGUGGGGUCCCCUGGGGCCUCUGGGAUUGUGGAGGAGUCUCCCCAGCCUGUCCUGAGCCACAGACUCUGCCUCCCCGACCAUGCCGCACAUCGAUAACAACAUCAAACUGGGCUUCAAGGACGUCUUGCUGAGACCCAAGCGCAGCACCCUGAAAUCCCGGAGCGAGGUGGAUCUCCUCCGAUCGUUCACCUUCCGCAAUUCGCACCAGAAGUAUAGUGGGAUCCCCAUCAUCGCCGCCAAUAUGGACACUGUGGGCACCUUCGAGAUGGCCAAAGCCCUUUGCAAGUUCUCACUCUUUACUGCCAUCCACAAGCACUACAAGCUGGAGGAGUGGAAGGAGUUUGCUGCCCGGGAGCCCGAUUGCCUGCAGCACGUGGCGGCUAGUUCAGGCACCAGCCCCUCAGACUUGGAGCAGCUGGAGAAGAUCCUGGAGGCCCUACCCCAGGUGCGCUACAUCUGCCUAGACGUGGCCAACGGCUACUCGGAGCACUUUGUCCAGUUCCUGCGGGACGUGCGCAAACGCUUCCCCGACCACACCAUCAUGGCCGGGAACGUAGUGACAGGGGAGAUGGUGGAGGAGCUGAUCCUCUCUGGCGCCGACAUCAUCAAAGUGGGCAUUGGACCAGGUUCGGUCUGUACCACUCGGAAGAAGACAGGGGUGGGGUACCCCCAGCUGAGCGCUGUUCUGGAAUGUGCCGAUGCAGCCCAUGGCCUCAACGGGCACAUCAUCUCGGAUGGGGGCUGCAGUUGCCCGGGGGAUGUGGCUAAGGCGUUUGGUGCCGGCGCAGACUUUGUCAUGCUAGGGGGGAUGCUGGCAGGACACACGGAGUCAGGGGGGGAGCUGAUCGAGAGGGGGGGCAAGAAAUACAAACUCUUCUAUGGGAUGAGCUCCGAUGUGGCCAUGAAGAAAUAUGCUGGGGGAGUGGCAGAGUACAGGGCGUCGGAGGGCCGGGCGGUGGAGGUGCCGUUCCGGGGCACCGUGGGGCACACACUGCGGGACAUGCUGGGCGGGCUCCGCUCCACCUGCACCUACGUGGGCGCCGCGAAGCUGAAGGAGCUGAGCCGCCGAACCACCUUCAUCCGCGUCACCCCUCAGGGGCCCCCCCUAUUCGGGGCAGGGGAUUAGGGGCCCCCAGCACACCCCAGCUCCAGGGGAUCAGGGCCCCAUAAUGAACCCCAACUUCGAGGGUCAGGCCCCACCCUGAGGAGUUUUGCCUAUUAAUCCCCCUCUUUGAGGGGCUGAGGCCCAGCCACGAGGAAGCCCCUGCCCUGGGCACCCCAAUAUUUCCCUCCUGAAAGCAUGGGAGCAGCAGUGCUCAGCCCUGCCCCCCCAGGAUGGAGGGGACAGAGCCCAGGGCUCUUCGAAUUUUCCCCGAUCAUUCUAUUCCCCGGAGCAGCCCGACGUUAAGGGGGGCAGAAGGGACCCCUAAUUCCCUCCCCGUCUCCUCCCGGGGACCCAUCCCCCCAAAGGUCAUCUCCCCCUGCUCCGCCAGAGGUGGGCUAUGGGGCACCCCCCAAAUGAAGGAGACCGAGGCGGGGGACCGGGCUGAAUCAUGUGCCAUAUUUAUUUGGUGUCACCAAUAAGAGGCUUUGUGGGGCACCCUC